CCUCGCUUCCAGCUCAUGCCAUUCUACGAGCAGUUUCCCGUGCCCCGCUGCGGCGAAGGAAUUGAAGAAAAUUCAAGUAGGUAUAAAAAUUCGACUAUUCCUUCCUGCAGUUUCAGAGGUCUUAUCACUAUUAGCCAGACGAGUCCUUAGCUUUUAAUCCUCAAUCCUAGCUAUUUCUCUGUUAUUCCUCUCCCCUCAAUACAAACAUGCAUUGUUGCCAAGCCACUAUAAUUAGCGUAUUUUUAGCAUGGCUCCUCCCAACUUCUGCCUUUGCAGACAACUCCCUAACCCUCGAUCCUACAUACUUUAAACCUGCGGAUGUCAUAACUCGCGACGUUGCUAUCAUAGGUGGCGGAUCCUCCGGCAUAUAUUCUGCCAUCAGCCUCAAAGACAAAGGGAAAAGCAUCAUCGUAGUUGAGAAAAAGGGCAGGAUUGGCGGGCAUACUGAAACUUACAUCGACUCGACCACUGGUACUCCUAUUGAUAUCGGCGUCCAGACCUGGCAGAAUAUUUCUCUCGUCCGGAAUUAUUUCGCUCGCCUCAACAUUCCAGUUAUCAAAUUCGGGUCUGAUGCUGAUCCCAAUUCGCCCGCGCAGUUAUCCGCGAACUAUGAUUUGAGGUCUGGGAAGGAAGUCAAUGUGACAGCGCCGAGUGCACAACAGGUGUAUACUGCAUUUGCUGCGUAUGCCGAACAGUUGAAAAAGUACCCGAGAUUAAACGAUGGCAUGUUUCUCCCGAACCCCGUUCCAGAGGACUUGUACAUGCCAUUUGGAGACUUCGUCAAGAAAUACAAGAUCGAGGAUGCGCUAGUAACGAUGUUUAAUUACAAUCCUGGCUUGGGGGAUGUGCUGACGGUUCCGACGGUCGAGCAGAUGAGGGCGUUCGGACAGAAUUUAGUGGAACAGCUUUCAACGGGAUUUCUAACUACAAGACAUCAUAAUAACAGCGAGUUAUACACCAACGCUGAGAAGGAAUUACUUUCCUCUUCAAGUCUACUUCUAAAUUCCGAAGUUAUCCAGGCAGAGCGUAAUGACGGAAACGCUAAGUCCGAAUCUGGCCGCAUCAAACUCCUAGUCCGCACACCCAACGGCACAAAGCUCAUCCGCGCGAAAAAACUCCUGAUCACCAUUCCCCCGCGCCUAGACUUCCUGGCCCCAUUUUCCCUUAGCCAAAAAGAAAAGACCGUUUUCGGAAAACUGAUCGACGCGGGAUACUACACCAGCAUUGUCAAAAACACCGGAAUCCCAGAUAAUCUCAGCAUAACCAACAUGCUGCAAUCCUCGCCCUACAAUCUCCCCGUCUUACCAGGGGUCUACAGCAUUGGGACAACACAGGUCAAAGGACUCCAUAUUGCCUUCUAUGGCACGCCGAGGAGUUCGAAGACGUUCCCGCUGUCAGAUGAAGAUGUUAAGGCCGAUAUCAUUGCCUCUAUCAAACGCCUGCAACGCGCCAAUCCGGACAAGUUUAAUCAGACGGAACCCGAAUUCGUGGUUUAUAGUUCGCAUGCACCUUUUUAUUUGCAAGCGAGACCAGAGGAUACAAAAGACGGAUUUUAUAGGGAAUUAUAUGCGUUGCAGGGAGGGAGGAAUACGUAUUGGACCGGAGCGGGGUUUAGGUCGCAGGAUAGUAGUAAUGUUUGGAGGUUUUCAGAGGAUGUGGUUUUGCCUGAGUUAGUUAAGGGGUUGUGAUUAGUGUGGGAUAUUAUGAAAUAAGAUGAGACUUCCCUCGUUUUUACUUAGCUGCUGCUAGCAAUGAGGAGGUGGAGGUAUAG